AUGGCUGCAAUUUCGAAGAGCAAUUCGAUUCUACCAAUGGCGUCGACCGAUCAUCAGGCAAGAGGAGGGGAAGACAAGCUUUUUAAAGGAUCCACCAUGACUAAGCGCGGCGCGUAUGCUGCUAUCUCUUACAUGACUUGUGCUGUGCUCUUGGUACUAUUCAAUAAAGCAGCUCUUUCUUCAUACAGCUUCCCAAGUGCCAACGUCAUAACUCUUUGUCAGAUGAUGUGUUCUUGUUGUUUUCUUUAUGUUCUUCGACGCUCAAAGCUCAUUACUUUUAAUGCGAGCGAUUCGAUAGCCAUCAACGAGAGUUCCAGAACAUUAGUACCAAUAAAGACAUUGGUCAAUACUUCACCUCUUGCUUUAUCUUAUUUGCUCUACAUGUUAGUCACCAUGGAGUCCGUUCGAGGGGUUAAUGUUCCUAUGUAUACAACCUUGCGGAGAACUACAGUUGUUUUUACAAUGAUUGUUGAGUACAUCCUUGUGAGGCAGAGAUAUACCCGACCUAUUGUUGGAAGUGUGGGAUUGAUAGUUCUGGGUGCUUUUGUUGCUGGAGCUCGAGACUUGUCUUUUGACUCGUAUGGCUAUCUCGUUGUUGUCAUGUCCAACAUUACAACAGCAAUAUACCUGGCGACCAUAGCCCGCAUUGGAAAAUCAAGUGGGCUCAACAGCUUUGGCCUCAUGUGGUGCAACGGAAUUUUGUGCGGACCUGUUUUGUUUCUUUGGACCCUUAUACACGGUGACUUGGCGAUGACAAUGAAUUUUCCAUAUUUGCUUUCUCCUGAUUUCCUGGUGGUGUUGGCUUUGUCGUGUAUACUAGCUUUCUUCUUGAACUAUUGCAUAUUCCUCAAUACGACUCUGAAUUCUGCUCUCACACAGACAAUCUGUGGCAAUUUGAAGGAUCUUUUCACGAUUACUGUGGGCUGGGUAAUUUUUGGAGGACUGCCAUUUGAUAUGUUGAAUGUGAUUGGGCAGCUUCUUGGCUUCAUUGGGUCGGGCAUGUACGCGUAUUAUAAGCUUAUUGGGAAAUGA